CCUCUCCCUCUCUCUCUCUCUCUCGCUCUCUCAAACUAAAACCCCUUUCUCUCUCCUACUCUGUUACUACUAAGUGAGUGAGAAAAUGUGCCAACAAACAACAACCUCAUCAUCAUCAUCAAAUCAUCAUCAAGAUCAGAAAAAUCAAGAUCAAAAAAAUCAUGAUCAAGAUCCUAAUCCUAAUGUAAGAAAAUCCCCAAAUUCCGACAUGUACACCUCCCUGAUCCCCAAAUCCCCAACACCCACGCGCCGCCUCCGCGAGUCCCUCUCACUCGCCGCCACCGCCUUCCCCAUCGCCGCCACCGGCCUCCUCCUCUACUCCCGCUCCGCCGUCUCCAUGCUCUUCCUCGGCCGCCUCGGCCCCCUCCCCCUCGCCGGCGGCUCCCUCGCCCUCGCCUUCGCCAACAUCUCCGGCUACUCCAUCCUCUCCGGCCUCGCCGCCGGCAUGGACCCCCUCUGCACCCAGGCCGCCGGCGCCGGAAAAUUCCCCCUCCUCGGCCUCUCCCUCCAACGCACCGUCCUCCUCCUCCUCCUCGCCUCCCUCCCCAUCUCCCUCCUCUGGCUCCACGUCAGCAAUAUCCUCACCCUCUUCGGCCAGGAUUCCGCCAUUGCCGCCCAAGCUCAAGCUUUUCUCUUCUUCUCCUUGCCCGAUUUAAUCGCCCAAUCUUUCCUACAUCCUCUCAGGAUUUACCUCCGGACACAGUCGAUCACCCUUCCGGCGACGUUCUGCGCCGCCGCCGCCAUGCUGAUGCACAUUCCGAUCAACUAUUUGCUCGUCGUGAAACUCGAUUUGGGGAUUAAGGGCGUGGCGAUAAGUGGGGUUUUGACGAACGUAAACGUCGUCGUUUUGCUGAUUGGGUAUGUGAUAAUUUCCAAGGUUUAUAAGAAAUCGUGGGAGGGAGUCUCGCCGGAAUGUUUUUCAGGCUGGAAGCCGCUGCUCGACCUGGCGGUGCCGAGCUGCGCCGCCGUCUGCCUCGAGUGGUGGUGGUACGAAAUCAUGAUUCUCCUCUGCGGUCUGCUGAAGAAUCCGGCGGCGGCGGUGGCGGCGAUGGGGAUUUUGAUUCAGACGACCUCGUUGAUCUACAUCUUCCCGUCGAGCCUGAGCUUCAGCGUGUCGACACGUGUCGGGAAUCUGAUCGGCGCCGGGAGGGUCGCGGCAGCGCGGGCGGCGGCGGGGGUGGGGAUGGCGGGGAGCUUUAUGAUCGGCGCGGCGGCGCUGAUUUUCGCGGUGGCGGUGAGGAAUAUUUGGGCGAGGAUGUUCACCGGCGACGAGGAGAUAAUCGGGCUGACGGCGGCGGCGCUGCCGAUAAUCGGGCUUUGCGAGCUGGGGAACUGCCCGCAGACGACGGGCUGCGGGGUGCUGCGAGGGACGGCCCGGCCCAAAGUGGGGGCCAAUAUAAACUUAGGGUGUUUCUAUCUGGUGGGGAUGCCGGUGGCGGUGGGGCUGGCAUUUUGGGGCGGAAUGGACUUCCGGGGGCUGUGGCUGGGGCUGCUGGCGGCGCAGGCGGCCUGUGUCGCCACCAUGAUGGCGGUGCUGCGGCGGACCGAUUGGGAGGCUGAGGCCCGGCGGGCCGAGGAGCUCACCGGAGGAGGUCCGGGACCGGGAGUAGGGGGAUGUGUAGUCACUGCAGAAUAUAAUAAUAAUAAUAAUAAUGAUGAUGAUGAUGACAGGAAGGGAGAUAGUUUGUGCUGAUUUUGGUGGGAAUUAUUUAUUUUGAUAUAAUUUUGAUUUUAAAUUGUAAUUAAAGAGGGUAGUGUCGUAGGGAUUUGUAUGGUAUAUUUUUUUUGGUGGAAAUUAUUUCAUCAA